GGAAUAUAAUAUAAAAAUCAGUGCUCUGAAACAUGUAAUUGCCGAAAUUUCGGUAACUGAGUACCUUUUUUAGGGCAAGCCGAUCCAGUGAACACAAGGAACUGAAUCUGCUUGUCCGAGAAGGUUCUCAGUUGCCGAAAGCUCGACAAUUACAUGUUUUCUGUUCACGGUGUUACGCAACCCUUCCAUAUUUCUAUGUGAAAUUAUUAAAUGCAUGUACAGUUUACAGAAGGAUCCGAGCUUCAGGUUUUAAGUUUUACGAAUCUUGGGCAUGCGGACAUUCGUGCUAUUGACGGUUGCUCUCGUCUGGAGUCGAAUUCUUGGUGGAGAAUGGGAUUCUAGAUAUGUAGAUAAGCGCUGCUGGGAGAACACAAGUGUGACUGAUCCGGUGAUUCCUGGAGACUCCGUGCAGUUGUUUUGUGAUCCAUGUGGAAUCCAAGAAAUCGGCAUCCAGUGGAUGAAAGAGCACGGGACUUGGGUGGAUUCUAAUCUCAGGGAACUGGACUUUAAAUUCCACAACCAUGAGUACACCGUGGGAAAGUUCAUUCUCAAUUGGGAUAUGAGUUUAACUAUCCACGAUGUUCAGCCAGGCGAUGCUGGGCGCUACAGAUGCUCCAAAGAUAACCACGUGUACAGUUGGCAUCAGGUCAUUCUCCGUAAUCCGUCAGAGUUCCACGUGAUGGAUAACAGGAAAGGUUUUACGCCACUUUUGAAAAGGCUCUGGGUUGAGACGAGGUGGAGCGACUGGGGACCGUGCAGUCAGUGCAAUAAGCCGGGUACCCGCGAACGCAUAGGCUUUUGUUAUAGCACAGGAAGAAGUCCGUUAGAGCAGUAUCACAACGGGAUACCGUGUAACUUCCCCUUUAAGAAUCACCUUAUCUGGAAGACACUGUCGAUUGUCGGAAUAGACCUCAGAGACGAAAAGAUCAUCCAGCGGUGUAGGAUAUCUUGCAGAGAAGCCGACAAGGAAGCUCGUCACAAGAUGGUGAAGCCCCUCCAUUUUCCAUUUACGUGCGCACUAGAGUUUCUGAAAAAAUUCCGGAAGUUCGUGGUUGUGUAUGAGGGAGAUACGCUCAGGAUGAAAUGCCAUCCUUGUAAUGAGCUCUAUGGUGGUGUGAAGUGGCAUCGAAUAAAAAGCCGGCGACUUGACCUCUCGGUGGAGUUCAGUUGGCAUGACAACGAUGACGAGAACAAAUAUGCAUUGAACCAUGAUAUGUCCAUGGAGAUUCGUCGAGCUGAACGUAGCGACGAAGACCGAUACAUCUGCAUGAAGAAAGAAGAACCUUACAGUAUUCAUAAAGUUGUUGUAGUGCAACGUCCUAGCAAGAUGCACGUGGUGGAUCUAACUAAGAACCAAAAACCAUACGGCAAGAGAGACAUGGUUUAUACAUUGUGGAUGGAAUGGGGGCCAUGUAGCAAGUGUGGUGAGCCAGGCACACGCAUCCGUAUCGGUCACUGUUUUUCGAAAUCUCCAAGGGUGACUGGGGAGCUAGUACUGAAAUACCAAAGCGGUGUUCCGUGCCACUUCGAGACGGGUGAGCGAUUCAAUUGGAAGACCAUCAAAUCACCGAUGCUGGAUGAGAAAAUGAUAGACACGUGCAAUCAACCCUGCAUACAAAAUCCAAUAGAUAUCUUCUCCAGCAGUGUCCAGCGAUAUGCCGCAGCGAGACGCCCCGGGCAAAGAAACCCGUGGGCCCGACCGAGAGGGGAAUCAUCCAAAGACAGAGCGAAGUUGAAGGUGUUUGGAUACAUUGGAGGCGAUGUGAACCUCGUUUGCCCUGGUACACCUUUAUGGCUCAACAGCGCUUCGGAAUAUGCUGUGACAGAAUGGAAAAAUGGCAGCCGCAUGCUGACGUCAGAGCAGCCCGAAUCGGGAACGAACGCCACGAGAGGGCGCGUUCACAUUGACGACCUUGAGGGCAGCCUACUUAUCGCCAACAUCACGGCAUGGGAUGAGCAAUUAUAUCGCUGUUAUUCCAACGGUGUGCAGACAGCCACCGUCAGAUUAAUAGUGAUGAGGCCGCUGGUGGACGUGCAAGCUUUCAUGGGAUCGUUUCUCCAAACCAGCCGUGUGUUACAGUUUUACUGUGUCGUCUUCGUAUUGGUCCUGAUGCUGAAGUGCAUAGCGAGAUGCAUACAGAACAGGCGCUACAAGCGAAGUAUGAGAGCAGGUUGAGGACGAUAGGUUUGUAACGUCUGUGGGCAAACUGCAGACACGCACAGUUGCCCAGAUUUUGCAGCGCCCUCUAUUGGUGAAAGGCCAGCACAAACAAUGUGAUUACUGUGUAACUAAUCGUAACCCACGUCUGUUCCCCCCAAAUUGGGGAAAAACCUUUAACUGUCCGUGGGUGAACCGCUGUUAGAGCUCCACUAAGUAAUGGGUUGGAUUAGGCAACUUUUUGUGCACAACUGAGAUUUUCUUGCCGUACGUACCAGUGAGAAAGUCAUUUACUCUUUCGCAACCUGUUCACUAGCCUUGAAGUCCAACAAGCUUUACAAAUUCCUCGAGGAGUGACAAAACAAGGGCUUUCAAAAGCAGAGGGAAUUUAUGGAAGCACGAUAUAUCCCGUACGCUUUCAUUUUCUCUAUGCUUGGAAAGUACUUAGAGUUUGCCUAGUUUAUUCUUGCUUUCUAUUUAUAGCUUUGCAAACAAAACCAGUUGUAAGAUGACCAGUGACAGCGUCAGUUUUUGUCAAUGCCGCCAUUCAAUCGUAAACAUUCAGUUAAUCUCGCAACAUCUCAAUAACUGAAAUGUUGCGGUACUUUUUUGCCUGGAACACUUUAAAACUAGUCGCUGGCACGGUUGCAUCUUUGGGUAAUGAGAGUAGACAUACGCAAAUAUAAUUACAGGGGUGCCUAGUUUGGAGAUCAGUGUUAUUUUUUGUUAAUUUGUGUUAGCAAGCCAGUUGUAAAAAUAUUCAAAUCAGUUUAAAAGUUUAGAAUGAGAAAUAUGUCUCACGUUUCCUUCUCUUUUCCCCGACUUUUGCGAGAUAUGAUUACUACAAGGAACUCUGCGAAGUAUUAUUGGCAAUAUUUGACCCGCUUUACUCUUGGCAAGUCACCCUGUGGAUUCGGCUCCGUUGUUGUUAACUUGUACAUGUUGCCACGUACUCACUUGUCCAAAUUGAUGACCUCCAAGACAUUCUUUCCUCUCAAUCAGAAGGUCUACAGGUGCACCGCAACAAAUAACUUCCAUAUACUUCACAAUUAUAUUAAAAAUGCUCACAACUCUUACAGGUGUCCAGGCUGCACAGAAAAACGAUGUUCGACAUUGUCAUCUUUUAUUUUUCUUUCAAUUUUUUUGCGGUGACCACUGAAAUAUUGAGAAAAUCUCACCCAAAGCAGACCACGAUCAUCACCCCUAAAAUGAAGAAAAUGUCCCUGCCCAGAAAAGUAGCCAUUUUGAAAAACGGCCAAAUAUUGCCACAUUCGGAUCCAAUUGCACCCAAAUUGCUCAGCAUUA